AUGGCGGCUAUCAGAAAGGUCGCGGUGUUGGGUGGCUCUGGAAACCUUGGGCCUCAUGUCAUUAAUGGACUUUUGGCUGCCGGGUUUGAGGUCACUGCUAUUACUCGGCUCGAGUCGCAAGCGACCUUUGCCGAUGGAGUCAGCGUAAACAGAGUUGAUAUAACCUCGAAAGAAGCGGUUGAAAAUAUUCUUCAAGGCCAUGAUGCUCUCGUUUCUACAAUCUCACCAGCAGCGCUUGGAGACCAGAGAACAAUCAUUGAUGCUGCUAUCGCCGCCAAGGUCCGGCGAUUUAUUCCAUCAGAGUUCGGCAUCGAUACGCGGCGCACCGAAGAAACGAGUCUCGGUUGGAUUCUGGCCAACAAACUCAACGUAACCGAUUAUCUUUCCGAAGUUGUCAAGAAAAACCCUUGGUUUAGUUGGACUGGCUUGGCGGUUGGGUUGUUCUUUGACUGGGGCAUAAAGACACAAUUUCUACUUGGAAUUAAUGCCAAAGAAAAGACUGGAACCAUUGUUGACUCUGGCAAUAAGCCAUACGCAGCAACACACGUCUCCUUUAUAGGAGAAACUGUUGCCGCCAUCUUGAGGAAGCCCGAAGAGACUGCAAACAAGUAUCUGUCAGUAUUCUCCUUCGCCACCACUCAAAAUGAAGUUUUGAAGAUUUUUGAAGAAGAGUCUGGUUCCAAGUUCCAAAUUACCAAUAUGAAGGGCAGCGACUUGAUAAAGGCGGCAACUGAAAGUGUGGCAAAAGGUGACUACUACAACUCUAUGGUCCCUUAUGUCCAGUAUACAUUCUUGUCGGAUGACUCUAAAGACCCCGUCAACACUGGGAAGAAUGAUGCCGAUUUAUUGGGACUUCAGGAUAAACUGAGUCUACGGGAGAGUAUCAAGAAAGAGCUCAGUGAGAUUCAGUAG